UCAGCUUCCCGGGCCCCUAGCAGACGCCAUUCCGCGUCGGUUUUCAUAUUUUUUUAAACAUUAUUUUAGUACAUCAACAGUAUGUACACACGCAAACUGUCCAUGCCAGAGGUUUGGACCAGAAGUCGUAUUGUCACCCGUCUGACUUGACUGCCUCCUCUGGUCAUGAUGAUGGGGGCGUCUCCUCUUCUCCACUAACUCAUCAUCGGGGAUUCCUCAUAACAGACUCAGUUGUUUACAGCUUCAGAUCAGACAGGUUCAUACACAGACACACACACGAACACACACACACACACACACAGCCGUCAUGUUCACCGAGACGCGGGCGGAGAGCCGGGGGGACUCGGGGGUCCUGGAUGCUGCGGCUCUGAGGCAGCAGAGGAGGCUGAAACAGGCGAUCCAGUUCCUCCAUAAAGACUCAGCAGAUCUGCUGCCUCUGGAUGGACUGAAGAAGCUCGGGACAUCUAAACAGGGGCAACCACAUCAUAUCCUCCAGAAGCGCCUGCUGGAGGCCAAGUUGUCCCGGGGACAGAUGAACAUGUGUGGAGUGCCACCAAACAACGCAGGGGUCCUUGUGAGCUGUACUCAUUUCACUUCACAUGAAGAUGAAGACGAAGAGCAGGACGAUUUCAUCUACGUGCCCUGCAAGUAUUUAGGACAGGAGGUAAAUGUGCUGAUUGACACCGGCUGCAAACUGAACCUGAUGUCCUCACUAACUGUGGAGAAAUUAGGUUUGAAAGCUCUGGUUGAGGAAAACAAAAUGGAGACGGAUGGGUUUCCAUUUCAGAGGAAGCUUUGUAUCGACGGACACAUCAGAGAAUUGCGCCUAACCAUCGGGCAUCGCAGAAUAGUGUGCUCCUUUGUCAUCGUAGAAAGUGACAGGCCACUGAUGUCCCUGGGCAACAAGACAUUAAAGUCACUCAAGUGUGUAAUUGACACUGAAAAGCAGAUGUUGGUGUUUGGGACGACCGUGAGGGAGCAACUUCAGUUUGCCAAAAAAGCCAUUCAGUGAAAGGUACGAUUUUAUGACCUUCAACAGAGAGUUUGCUGAGUGUGCACGUCCUCUUUUAGGUAGACCCUGAAUAAUAUUUAAUAUACCCUCAGUUCCACACGAUUAACAAGUGAAAUGAAAUGCAUUUUGUUGCACAAAACACUUUUCAUGGUGCCAAAUCUGCUUAUCGCACAACAUUUUUGUGACGGUUAUGUAUAUAGAUAGACGGAUAGAUAGAUAGAUAGACGGAUAGAUAGAUGGAUAGAUAGAUAGAUAGAUAGAUAGAUAGAUAGAUAGUAUUGAUCCCAAACUGGGAAAUGACUGUGUUAUUUCAGGCUGUCAUUGCAUGUUGUGAACAUACAGAAAUGCUACAAAACCAGUGCAAAAGUUUAUCCCACUAAAUGCACUCCACAAAAAUAUUACUUAAAAUAGCAUAACAAAGUUCUUCAUAUUUGGAAAUGUUACAACAAAAUAUAUUUAUUUGAACAUGUAUUCAGAUAAACAUUUAUUGGACAUUAUUGGACCAUGGACACUACAUGAAGUUAAGGAAACCAAAUUUUCUACAAAUUGAUCUCAUCUGCUUCUUCUUCUCUCCUUCUUCUUUCUUUUGCACAACAGUUCUUCUGAUUUCAGAGACCUGUGAUAACAACACACACACACACACACACACACACACACACACACACACACACACACACACACACACACACACACACACACACACACACACACACAGUGACCAAAAGCAAUACAAUUAUUUACUCUUAACAACUAGACGCCUCACUGGCCAACUUCAGAUUUCUUACAAUUACAUCAAUUCACACUUUCUCUCUGCCUGUUUGCUGCAUUCAUCCACACUGACUUCGCUUACACAGGAGUUCCUCAUAUAGCAAUAUGUAGCAUUCUUGUAGCCAAUAAUAAUGUUUUAGCUGUCACUACAGUAGUAAGUAUUGUGCAGCUAGAAAAUAAAUUAUUAACAGAACUUGCAGAAUUUUAAGAUUCUGAUAGAAUUGUGAUUUAUAGCUAUUGUAUCUUAUAAAUAAGUAUCGUUGUGCCAGACAUACAGUAGUAUUCUAAUAGCUGGAAAUCUAGGAGAACAAAAGGUUGGAGGAUUUUAUUGUGAAGUGUAGCUGAAAAACUUAGCACAAUCUAUUGCAUACAACUGUUUAUCUACCGUAUUUUAUAAUGUUGUAAAUGUAUUUUCUAGUCCAAAAACAUGUAUUUGCAUUGAGGUCACUGCCUUUUAAUGUUUACAAAAUGAUAGUGGCACUUGUGAUGUUUGAUCAGGAUGUGACUGUAGCAAAGUGCAGCACUGAAUAUCUAAUAAAAUCCCAAAUUAUUUGAAAGUUUC